AUGCGGCCUCCCUCAACUACCGCGAAGUCGUCAUCGCACAGGUACCGCACCCGUCCCCACCACAACACCCUGUUCUCACCACCACAGGGGAAACUCGGCCUGGAUAUCAAGGAUAAGCUAGUUCCCGGCUCGGACGGUGCCGGCGUCGUCGAGGCGGUCGGGUCCAACGUGAGACAAUUCCAGUCGGGCGACCGUGUCUGUACGCACAUGACGCGCGACAUGCCGGACGAUGCGCCGGCCACCUUCGCGGACAUCCAGGCCGGCCUCGGCCAGAAGCUGGACGGGACUCUCCGUCCGUACGGCGUAUUCCAUGACACCUCGUUGGUGAAGAUGCCGCCCACUCUCACCUUUGCUGAGGCAGCGACGCUGACGUGCUCUGGGUUGACGGCGUGGAAUGCGCUCUUCGGCCUGCCGGUGCAGUUUGCCAUUGCAUCGGGUGCGAUGGUCAUCGCUACCACCAGCUCGGACCAGAAGACUGCCAAGCUGAAGGCGCUGGGCGCUCAGCAUGUCGUCAAUUAUAAGACCACGCCGAAGUGGGGAGAGAUAGUCAAGAGUCUGACGCCGGAUGGUCACGGCGUGCACAUCGUGGUGGAUGUGGGUGGGUUGUCUACGCUGCGUCAGUCGCUGGAGUCCGUCCGGCCGGAGGGCAUGAUCGCGUUGACUGGUCUUUUGGGUGACGCCGGCGCAGAUGUUCCUACCAUCCUUGAUGGUCUUACGUAUCUGUGCAUCACUCGGGGUCUUCUGUUGGGAUCCCGCGCCCAGUUCGAUGCGAUGAACCGCUUCAUCGAGGAGAAGGGGAUCAAACCGGUGCUCGAUGAACGGAUGUUCACACUGGCAGAGGCCAAGGAGGCGCUGGAAUACGUGACGCAGCAGCGCCAUUUCUCCAAGGUUGCCAUUGAUAUCUCCUAA